AUGUACAGUAACAAUAUACAAUGGGAGAUAUUAGCACAACAACGGAAAGCAUUUGUUAAUCCACAAAGUGAAUGUCGCAUCAAAUGUCUCAAUGGUGGUUUUUGUGCUUAUUUAGUUGAUGAUCCAACAAUACAUACAUGUCUUUGCUUACUUAACGUCUAUUAUGGUGAUCGAUGUCAAUAUGCUGGUAUGUUUUUAUCAAUUUAUCAUUGA